UCAUCGUCCGCAGCCCGAGGGACGCUGACAGAUUAUAUCUUCCUUAUAAGAAAUCACCAAAUGAGCAAGUAAGCAAAUAGCUCUUCGACAAAUCUCUCUCUCUCUCUCUCUCUCUCUCUCUCUCUCUGCACGCAAAUCGAACGGCUCAAAAAACGUCUAUGGAUCUAGAGGUAGUCGGCCGCCACGCUCUUCUCUUUGACGAUGAUGCGACGGCGGCGUUCGUGAACUCUACAGCUGCUCUCGUUGACUGGAACUCUCUCCUCAUCGACCGUUACGACGUCCGUCACCUGCUUUCCUCCCCGCCACCGCCCCGUUCAAAGCGCCGUCCGAUGAAUCCCGGUGACGUUGACUCCCUUGAGUCGGAGCUCGAUCGGGAGCGUUACCUCGACUUACCUCCGGAAGUACCGUCAGCGUCCGAUCAACAAGAUAUAGAUGAAGGUACAAAACCUGCAAAUGCUAGUGGCUACCAUGCUGUUGCCUUUCCAUAUGGAGACUCUGGCAAUUCUGCUGAUCAGGGAACUACUAAUAUUGAAUCUGGUUUUCGUCCACCUUUCUCGGUGCCUGAAAGUUUACUUCAAAACCUACCUCCAACGGAGAAGGUACACCAGAUCAUUGCAAGAACUGCAAUAUUUGUCAGUAAUCAUGGUGGGCAGUCAGAAAUAGUUUUGAGGGUCAAGCAAGGAGACAAUCCAGCAUUUGGGUUCUUGAUGCCCGAUCAUCCUCUUCAUGCAUAUUUCAGGUUUCUUGUUGAUCACCAAGAACUUUUGGGAAGCAAAUCUCUGGAAGAAGAGAAUAGUCCUGAAGGUGGGCUUGACCAAACAAGUGGUGUUGGAGGUGGUGGUGCAUUGUCCUUGCUGGGUUCUGUAUAUGGGACUGGAGAAGACGAGGAUCCUACAACUGAGAUUAUGCCAGAAGAUAAGACAAAGUAUUCUGAGGUAUCUAUUGAUGCUGCUCAUGGAACCAAUUCUAAUGGAUCAGAACGGGUGGAAUCUUCUGCAAAUGUGACUCAAAAAGAUGAUGCGGUUUCCAAGAAUUCACGUCCUUCUUCGAAUGAUAAAUCCUUAGUCAUUAAACAGAAUCACUCUUUGAGUACAGUUAAGGCUUCCAGUACAAGUAGGAGGAAAAAAGAAAAUGAUACCUUGGCUUUGCUUUCUACUCCUGCUGAUAAAUUACAAUUUUCUGCAAAGGCUGAACUAGCUAUUGUAGAGCCUCCAUCUGACAUAAAGAGAGUGAUUGAUAAGAUAGUUGAGUUCAUCCUGAAAAAUGGUAAAGAAUUUGAGGCAGUUCUUGCUGAACAGGAUGUGAAGCAUGGGAGAUUUCCGUUCUUGUUGCCAUCCAACUUAUAUCACCCUUACUAUCAAAAAGUUCUUCAGAAGGCUGAAGAGUCAAAAGUACAGGGCAAGGGCUUAAUUUCUGAGAAGCAAGACAAGAAAUCUGCUCCAAAAUCGAGAGAAAGUGAUAAUCAUUCAUUAGGAUCUGACAUACCAUAUGAUCCGGACCGGAAGGAGAAGUUUAAGAUGGUGAUUGGCAAGCCAAAGAAGGAGGGACAAGACGUACCUAUCAAGUCUGCCCAACCACAAGUUGGAGUCAGUGUGGAUGCUGCUGCUGCAGCCGCCAUUCUACAAGCUGCCACCAGAGGAAUUAAGAAUCCCAAGUUAGAAAUUCUAUCAAAGACAUCUUUACAAGGCACAAGUCAAGUGCCUAGCAGUGAGGGUGGACAAGCCUCAAGUUUUAGCAGUCACCUUUCAUCUCAGCCUCACAGUUGUAGGAAAAAGCAGGAUCAGAGUGGAGAGCCAUGUGUUUCAGUCCCUGUUGCUAAAGCUAUUGCAAAAACAGCAGCUAUUGUAGCUGCAGACGAGGCUGAUUCUUCCGAA